AUGUCAUCUAUCUUUGGCCGUCGACGUUCCCGAUCUGACGUGAACGAUCACGAUAAGAGAGCAAGACCAACUCUUGCACGCCACUCUUCAUCAGGACCCCACCAAGAUGAAGAAACGGGCCUUUUCCACACCCUUUUUCGAAAACGGAGCGAGGGCGCAUCUCUAGAUCCUCCCAAGCUCGUUAAGGGCUCGGGUCAGAAGGUUGUCCCAAGCAUUGACACGACUGAGACUGCUAGAUCUAAGAAGGCUCAUAAUUCACCUCGGUCUUCUCGACAAGAUCUCUCGUGUAGUAAUCCGGGGAGUCCCGAGCCGCCUGCUGCUGUGGCCCAUGGGGAGCCAAAGCAGCCGACAAAUAUCCAGGAUGCCCUGGAAUAUCGACUAAAUGCGGCUUGCGGCUCCCAAGGUGACCUCACUGAUGCAGGCGCCCAUCAAAAUGAUGGAUACUGCUUUAGUAAACGAGAUGUCAAGGCUCUUUUAUCGGGAGCACCCCAUUUCCUCUUAGAAAGAGGCAAACAUGGUCGCUGGUAUCCGCAAGUGAUAUUCCCUUGGGACGAACAUAGUCCGUCGAUUCAGCGCAUGUUGGAUCGUAAGCCUCUUUCGCAUGCAUCAUUCACACUCUGCACUCUCCAUGCCCAUCUGCCAGUUCCGGAUGACUGGGCAGUGAAGGGCGGAGUCCCAAUUCAAAUCCAAGAUUGGCGUCGAUCAGGGGCUUCCAAACGGGCUGCUUUCGACGUCGGCGUGUUUGAAGUGCCAAACAUGCUCGCGAAUAACGGGCGGGAGCCGGGAACUGUUGGCUUCCGACAUUUCCUGGAGUUUCCAUUGGCCGAUGCAGUCCGAUAUACCGGUCCUCAAGAGGCGAGACAGGCCUUGAAUAUGCAACGAGUAAUGACACUCCCGGCCACAGAAGCGUUCGAAUUGAUGGAUUCGUACAACAAGCCGUAUUCGCAAUGCCUGAGCGGCGCCGUCUUCGAUCGACAUCAACUCAUUCGGGACGGGCCUUCAGGAUGGAAACGCAUUGGGGUACGGGAUAUCAAUCUUUAUACUCUGACCAAGCGGAUGAAUCAGCUGCGACAGCUGCGGUUGAAUGUACUACAAGAUGGUUCGACGAUCACGAUUCUGGACGUUGAAACUCCCCGUGAGAUGCAUGAUUUACUCCACACGCAAUUCCUGUAUGCUCGCCCACCUCCAGCCGAUCUCAUACCAAGUCAUCCGCAGAGCAUCAAGUCUCAAAUUAAGAACCUCGCCACGGUGCUAGCUACUCCGGGGGCCUGGAUCGAUUUCAGCCUGCCGGAGUGGCGUUUGCGAAUCGGUCAAAUUCUAUACGAGACUCCGCCGCAUGGGGACGGGGACUGUGUCAAAUUUGGCCCCGGGGAGUCUAAAGAGCCGUGGAUUAAUUCUGGGAUGGAACGCAAGUGGUUGCUGGUUCAAUUGCUCCUGGCGGCAGAGCUACUGUUCCGUCUUGAUGCCUUCGUCCACGUUGGCAUGCUGCAUGAUCCUCAUGGCGGCGUGAUCACAGCUCCAGAACUUCAUCACUUCGAUAAAUUGCGAGAGGGUAAAGUCAACUGGGAUCUGGUUGUCGUGCGUCGGUUCCUUGACAACCUCGAGAUCACUUGCGCCUCUCCAUCCGAAUCACCAUCUGCCCCUGAUAACCCGCCCCCAUCCCCUACCGAUAAGGCGCCUACAAAAAGCCGACGUUUCGCCCUGCUCGACUCCAUCAGUCGCCGUAUCGCAUCUACUGGCGGGCCUGAUAUUCGUUCCGCCUGGCAGUGUCGGAUCAGCUCCCCUCACGUUCGACAGCAACUGGAAGGCCUAUACGUCUUCGCCGAGAAUAUCGGAUGGCUAAACGUUGACGCUGUACGGUCUACUUUCGAACAGAAACUGACAAAUGGAAAAGAUCCUUUUAUUCCGCGUGAAGGUUCGCGCAGACUGGAGAAUAAGUCCGCUAAUUCCAAGACGACGGCACUGGACAAAGACAACAUGUACUCACGCAGCCAGUCACGUCGAUGUGUUGAGCUUCACAGUUCAUGUCGUGAAGACGAUGAUCCGCAUGCAGGCGAGCCUCUAGGCUGGAUUUCUCGAAGCUUGCUUUCAGGACUGGUCGUUCCGGGCGAGGCAAUUUGCCAUCUGCUUAUCGGUACCCUUCUGGAAAACGAUGGCGAUGCAAUUGAGCAACUGGGGCCUAAGGCGAAUAUGUUCGGUGGCUUUUCAUACAAAGGACGCAGCUACUGGAGCAAAGCUUCGAUCAUUGGACGUGUAAUAGCCAGCCUAGAGGGCGCCAAGACCUGCAUGGGUUGGGUGGGCUGCGACGUGCUUCCCCGCGAUGCGACUACGAAUGAGAGCUUGGAGCCUGGUUGGUUUGAGAUCCAGGCCAGCGAGGCUCUAUGCAAGGCUGGUAAACCUCGCAUCAAGCAAUCUGGGAAGCUUGCAAUGGAGUCGACGCCUCUGGGCAUGGGCGAUAUCACCGCGGAGUCAUUUACGUUACCUACCGAUCGACCAGCUGGACCAGAGCUCGAUGUCCAGCUUGAUGCCCUAGCACUGUUGAUAACCUCUUCCGAGAAGCGAAGCAUCACUGUCAGUGACCAGGCCAAGCUCUCCUUUUCCCUUUACGGAUCUAUAGAAGCCCCAACUACGGUUUCCUUCCCUCUCGCACAUCACGUGCGCUUCAUAUCAGCCCAUGCAUGCCGUCCACCGCUAGGGUUUACAGCGUACCACCAAAAUAGCUCGUCGGACGAGCCGACAGCAAAGAAAUGGAGCAAGCACAAGCGCCUACCAGGGCAUCCGCUGCACCGAUCUUUCCCAUAUAGGCAUAUCUCGCUGGAAUCUCUGGCUCACCAGCCAGCCCCGCAGGCUGAUUCGUCUUCUGGAAAGAGCCCCGAAGUUCUCGUGAUUGAUGCUCGCGGCAGUCGAAGCAGAGAGACCUUCGCCCGGGCCUGGUGCGCAUCCAUUGGCUGCCAUGCGGUGAUCGGCCGAGUGGGGAGGGCAUGCGUCGCGUGCUGUGUUAGGGAGGCGAGGGCCCUGGAUGUUCAGGUGGUUGUGAGAGUGGGUGAGUGCGCAAUUCGUGUCUUGGACAGAUGA